AUGACCUCCCUCCUCCGCUACAGCCGCUCAAUCAGAGCCGUCAACCCUAGGACCUCCCGAUUCCCUGUCUUCCUUCAACAACGAUUCUACGGGCAGAGCACCUACGGAGAUGGUGAAACAAACCCUGGAGAAGACAGGAACGCACCGACCCGUGACAUGGAGCAUCCAGGAGCACCACCCCCAAACGUCAGCAAAGAGAACUCCACCAAGUCCCAACCUUCAUACAAGCAGGACGAAUCCAGGAGCGGCGUGCUCGAAGAGGAUAUUCCAAAGAAACAGUCCGACAAGGCUAGACCGGUCAUCAAUGAUGGCCGUCAGACAUCGAAUGUGAAAGAAGACGGAAACACGAAGUCUGACGUGCCCGAGGAUGUGAAAAAGCAUAAUGAAGAGAUUGAUCAGAGGCACGACAAGCCUUAUAAUCGAAUUGACGAUGGGGGAAAGGUUGGGAAGGGAUUCUGGGGGAAGCUGGAUGGGGCAGAGGGUUAUUAA